CCGCAGCUCGCGGAAGCGAUCUGCGCAUGCGCAACGCCCCCCCCCCCGCCCAGUUGCCGAUUGAGCGGCGUGGCGAUCUGUGGCUUUGUCAACAUGAUGGAAGGCGACGCGGAGUUUUGGGGCAGGUACAGGGCGAUCUCGAGCAAGCUGAGAAAGCGAUUUCUAAGGAAGCCAAAUGUCGCGGAAGCAAGCGAGCAGUUUGGACAUCUUUCCCGGGAGCUCAAGCAGCAAGAGUGUUUGCAGUACGCUGGAUUCUGCAGCCUCGCCCAAGCCAGAUGCGAGCAGACGGUGAUGAACGGUCUCGGGGAGGCUGAGGCGCUGACCGAGGCGGCGAGGUUGUUCCUCAAGGCGGAGGUGGAGAACUGGGAGCUGCGCUGCCCGGGCCUGGAGGAGAACCUUCAGGCAGCCAUAAACGCGUACAACUAUGCCGUCAAGGUGUACAUAGAGAUAAAUCGGCCAGCUCUGGCUGCAAGCCUCUGCCUUGAGAUUGGAUAUUCUCUUAAGGGCUUGGAGCGACCAGGGGAAGCGGAGGUGUUUUUCCAGCGGGCGGCUGAGCUGCAGUACCAAAUGCCCAUAGAAAGCCUGCACUCGUUAGGGCUUGCCGCCUCCUGCAAACUACUAACGCGCGACUACAUGGGCGCGUUGAAUGUUUUCACCGAGAUGCAGCUGACGGCAGAGCAGAGAGCGCCCCGCUUUCCCGGCACCAAUGCGCCGAUCGGCGCCUUCAGUGACAUCAUCGCACGCAGCGAAGUGGCACGGGUGCUUCUGCUCAUGCUACUGCAGCCUCCGCCCCAGCGGCUCGCGAUAGAGCACGCCAAGACGCUGGAGAGGUACGCGUGGGAGUCCUUCGAGAGCCCCGGGCAGAGCAAGGACAGCGGCGUAAUUGGCGAGGCUGGGUCAUCGUGUGCUGUCUGUCACAGCCUAUGUAGGUAAACGUCGGGAUUUCGCAAAAAGUACAACAUAUAUUAGUAAUGAUUCCUACACAUCUCCGUCUCUCAACACGUAAAAAAUGUAAGUGUUUGUUUCACAACCCAUCAGCCACAUGGCCUUCUGGCAGUGCAUAAUUUAAAGUAGCAUUGGUUCAGCACAAGCAAAACACUGGUUUCGACACACACCGUCUCAUCAGCAGACUCGGACUUGCUUGAGUCACUGCUGGCGAACUGCCGACCUUGCACGCAAGGACUCCCCCCCCUCCCCUUACAAAAUGGGGUCCCAGCCUCCAAAUGGUAUAAAAAAUACAACCGAAAAAUAACGACGCUCACGAUUACUCCGAUGAAGGAAAAACGGAGCGCUCUGCAUCUGUGCUGCCUCCAAGAAAGUGGAUGCCC